AUGAAGGUCGUGGUAGAAGAAUGCAACCCCGAAUGGGCGGUCCAGUUCCAGCAAAUCAAAGAAGAGUUGGAGGAAAUCCUCAGAGGGGUCAAUUACUUGGGCAUCGAGCAUGUGGGAAGCACGUCCGUCCCAGGAUUGGUCGCCAAACCCGUCAUCAACCUCUCUAUCAUCAGCAGCCGAGCCGACGUGCAGGCGGCCAUUGAUGCAUUGACGUCAAAGGGAGGAUAUGUCUAUGAAGGCGAAAUGGGGAUUCCAGAUCGCCACGCCUUUCGAAAACUCGGGGCGUUCCCAACGAGGCAUCUCUAUGUUUCCGUGGACAGGUGCCAGUCGAUCAGAAAUCAACUGGGAGUGCGGGAUAUUUGUCGCAGCGACCCCGCUGUUCGAGACGCCUAUGGCUGGACGAAACUCGAGCUGGUCCAGCGAGAAUGGAGGGACGUCGACCAAUAUUGCGAGGCCAAGAACGAUAUUCUCGUCUGGGUGCUGGAGAAGGCCGGGAUGAGCAGCGAAGAACGGGAGCAAGUGAGGCAACUGACCACGACGGCGACCUCCUAG